UCGCUGUUACUUAAAACCGGAUAAAACCCCCAACUACCAUUCCUUCGCUCCCUUCCGGUUUCAUCCAUAAUUCUCAGAUCUACCUCUCUCUCUCUCUACCUCUCCCUCUCCCUCUCCGAUGGCUUCUACGGCUGUUGCCGCCGCCGCCAGGACUGAACCGCCGUCACAGUCGGUGGAUCCUUCUCCGUCGUUUUCCGCCGACACCGUUGAUCGGAGCGAUUCUUUCAAUUCCUCGCCGAACCACUUCUCCGACACUGAAAUUCAGUCUCCGGACGUAUUGAAGAGUGAAGAGUAUCGUCAAUUGUUUCGUCUUCCACCAGAGGAAGUCCUUAUUGAAGAUUUUAAUUGUGCCCUCCAGGAAAACAUACUUAUUCAGGGUCAUAUGUACCUCUUUGUCAACUUCAUUUGUUUCUACUCAAACAUAUUUGGGUUUGAGACAAAGAGAAUAAUCCCAUUCCCUGAGGUCACCAGUGUAAGGAGGGCAAAGACGGCUGGGCUCUUUCCCAAUGCCAUUGAGAUUCUUGCUGGAAGCAGGAAGCAUUUCUUUGCAUCCUUUCUAUCUCGUGAUGAAGCUUUCAAGAUUAUUAAUGAUGGAUGGUUGCGACAGGGCAAUGGAGCCAGAGCAAUUAUGGAACAGAAGGAAUCAAUGCCUGAGUCCAGCAGCCAAGAGAACGGAUUUGUAACUGUUGAAAAUGUCAACAGUUCCAAUACACAAGAGAAUGAGUUGUUUUCUACUGAUCCGAGCAAAGAUACUUUUAUGUGCAAAGAUAUGGGGCUUCCAUCCAUUGUAGGAGAUGACCUCGUAUUGAUGGAGGAUUCAGAGAAGCAAUCCAGUGUAAGACAGGUUGCUGAACCUGAAUUGAAUAAUGAUGUCCCAAGUGUAAGUUGGAACUGGAACGAGGAGGAUAUUGAUGCUCCGACAACCCAUGAAGCAUAUACAUGUGUUGCAGAUGCAGUGUUUCCGAUAAAGGUUGAAGACUUCUUUAGGUACUUUUUCUCAGAUGAUGCUGUAAAUUUUCUUGAGUCUUUUCAUAAAAGAUGCGGUGAUAAAGACUUCAGGUGUGCUUCAUGGCGUGCUCAAGAGAAGUUUGGGUAUGCUCGUGAGCUGUCAUUUCAACAUCCAAUAAAACUUUAUCUUGGAGCAAAAUUUGGUGGCUGCCAUGAGGUCCAGAAAUUUCGUGUAUACAGGAACAGUCAUUUGGUUAUAGAGACAUCGCAGGAAGUCAGUGAUGUGCCUUAUGCAGAUUAUUUCCAUGUUGAGGGACUAUGGAGUAUAGAGAGAGACAAGGAUGAAUCAAAAGAUUGCUGUAUUUUGCGGGUAUAUGUGAAUGUGGCAUUUUCUAAAAGAACUAUUUGGAAAGGCAAAAUAGUACAGUCAACAAUUGAAGAAUGUAGAGAGGCUUAUGCGACAUGGAUGAACAUGGCACAUGAAGUGUUGAAGCAGAAGAACCUUGAAAAACGAGCUCAAAAUGGUAAAAUGAAUUUAGAUAGAGAAGCUAAGACUGGAGAAUCUUCAGAAGGAUCACAGGAGCAAAGUAACUCGACAAAGAUACUAGCUCCAUCCAUACUAGCUCCAUCCAAUGCCUUUGAUGCUACAGCCCACAAUGUUGGCACUCACUUGCAAAGAAAUUUCCUUGACACAUCAUCUGUUCCAUUUUUCAAAGAGUUUAUGACUAAGUUCAGGUCAUCUUUGAAAAAUCAGAGCAAUCUUACUCUGCUCCUUGUCUCUAUUUUCGCUCUGAUUUUCUUCAUGCAGUUCAGCAUACUUGUGCUAUUGGCAAGACCUCAACACGUACACAUGAACACUCCUGUAGACUAUAUGAAUAGGAUGGAAAAUGGAGUUACUAGAAGUUCCUCAGACAUAGCGUGGCUGGAGAAAAGAAUUCAUCACCUUAAAGAUGAGAUGUACAUGGUUGAGAGUAGGCUUGAAAGGAUGCGGUAUGAACAUGCACUCUUAAAAAAGCAACUAAACGAUCUAGAACAUAAGUAACUUCCCAAUUUUAUUGUCAAAUCAUAUUUUUCUUUAUAGCAUCAUUUUGUAUAUACAUGUGAUAUGUGGAUAUGACAUUUUUCGCAAAUUCAUUUUUCGUCGUUGUAAAUGAGUACGUUAUGUUCUACGUAAAAUUAAAGAUAAGAGGAAUUUGUGAUUUAGGGUUUGUUUGACAGAAUCCGAAAACUGGAUGAAAUACAGUGGGUCAGUAUUAUAAUU